UUUUGCUCAAAAGAAUUACAGCCGCCGCCCCGACCUGUUCUCCCCCAAAUCGAACCUCCUUUACCCCUCCUCUUCGACCGAUACCACCGCCGCCGUCGCCGCCGCCCCUUCCUGUUCUCCCCCAAAUCGAACCCUCCUUUACCCCUUCUCCUCGACCGACACCGCCGCCACACCGCCCCUUCUGCCACCACCACCCCUCAGCCGACCUGUGCGACCGCAUCUGGAUCUAUGGCGCCAGUGCGUAGAGGUCGCGUCUCCUCCCUCCAGAGGCCUCUGAUGCAUGAGGUCGAUGGAGCCUCCCUCCCUUCGGCACAGCCACCUAAACGUCGAUGGCGCCGGUGCGUCAAGGUCAACGUCAGCUUCCUCCCCAGCAACAGAUCCUACGACGAACACCAAUCCUUCUCCAUUGUGAUGUGCGGCAACGGCAAGCGCAAGAGGAAGCAGUGCCGUCCAAGGGUCCACCACGGCAUCGGGCUCCUCUUCUCAGCGGCCCUUCACGCUGGCUAGCAUGAGAUGGCUCCUGGCCGCGGCUUCCUCUCCCGCUGACUGCGAGCGCGGUGCCUGCUCUCUGCUUAGAUCCGUGCCAAUGGAAACCCGAUCUAGGUGAGAUUCUCCAUAGCAAGAUGCUAUUAGUGAAAGGAUUGGAGACUGGGUCUAGUAGUGGUAGGUUUUUUGAGAAAUUCCAAGUGCUCGGGAAUUGCAAAUUGUUUCAGCCAGGGGGUAAUUGCACUCAACAUGGAGGAUGGUACCCUUCAUCGUUUCCUUUCAACAAAUGCUAUUUUAGCAACAGGACUCAACAUGGUUAUGGCAGAGGUUACUUCUCUGCUAUUUCAUCUCACACAUGUACUAGUGAUGACAAUGCUAUGGUUGCACGUGCUGGGUUACCCCUUCAGGAUCUUGAGUUUGUGCAGUUCCAUCCUACAGGCAUUUACGGUGCUGGAUGCCUUAUAACCGAAGGUUCCCGGGGCGAAGGUGGUAUUCUUAGGAACAGCAAAGCUGAGAGGUUCAUGGAACGAUAUGCCCCUACCGCCAAUGAUCUGGCAUCUCGUGAUGUUGUUUCUAGAUCUAUGACUAAUUGACUAUGGAAAUUAGAGAAGGACGUGGUGUACGUAUGUUUCAGUUCUCUUGUUUUAUGCGAUUAUGCUUUAGGUGAUAAUCUGGUGUUGUUGGUUCUUCCCACAUCACUUGCUGUUUCUAUCCUUUAGCCUCAGGACCAUUGACCGACCAUCUCUACCUGCACCUUAAUCAUCUUCCUCCAGAAGUGAUACAUAUGCAUCUUUUAUACCCAACCAUCUACAUAUACAGAAUAUAACUUUCUUGUAGUGCUGCCGCCGGGAGAUAAAUCUUUGUAUGCCCUUCCACUAUUAAAUUUUGUUGUAAUUAUUCUUACUAUGUUGAGAUUGCGGUCUUCAUUUUUUAUGUUUUCUGCUCUUUGUGACAAUUCACAAUUUUCCAAGAUAAAUAACUCUCAUCACUAUUUGGGCACUAUAUUGUAAUGCUUAAUGCUUCAGGAAUAAGCGUGUGAAAUCUAAACACAUGUUUUAAGCAUUUAUCCACUUCAUGUGGGCAAUCCCCGUUGUUAAUAUACAAGAAAUCACGUGCACAAGUUAAGCACUUAUUUGUAAAUGAUUUUGACACUGAAAGUUCUUAAUUUGCUUUGAGCACAUUACAUCUGUAGAUGUGGCAGAAGCCAAGUUAUUCCAGGAUAAUAUGCAAUGUUAAGUGCAAUUAUUUUCCUUAUGCUAACACAGUUUUCGCCAGCAUUAUAUUUUCAGCUGCUUGAUGGAAUCAUGGAAGGAACAUAUACAGUGCAGUACGAAACGAGGAAUGAUCUGAUGAUGUUGAGAUGAGUAUGGUACCCAUACUGUAUCAUUUUUUGUUCAGAAUCUCUGAUGUAAAAUGGAGGGUGUUAAAUGUAGCCCUUGAGAAAAAAAUGGGACAUUGUACUACCAUAGUGAGCUCCACUGUAGAAAGUAAAAUAACCAGCCUUAACUAGGUGUAUAUUUGUUACUCUUAAAUAGUACAUAAGCUUUUGAAGGAAGUAAUUGCCUCAGAGUUAUGCCUACUCACCCCCGAGCCCUGAGUGAGGUGUGGUCACUGUGUGCUUGGCUGCUGGCUAGCUUCCAUAGUACGUACUAGAGGAGUACUAUACUGUGUGCUUGAUACCUUCCAUCACUUAGAGAAAUAGCUGCACGGAGGAGUCUAUCACUUAUAUUUGGUAAGCUAGAAGCACCAUCAGGAGUUGAGGACUUGAAAAGAGGUUCAGAGGCAACCAAUGGGGCAAUAUUUUGAUCUCAUCUUACACAUUCUAUUAUGUUUGUCUUUAUUAUAUGUCAUCUUAUUAAUUAUUUAUAUAUACUUGCCAUAUUGAGCGUUGAUGUUUCUAGAAAUUUCCAUAUCCGGCAUCGUGUUACUCGUAUCGCCGUAUCAGUGCUUUAUAUGAUUUACUUGAUGCCUUGAAAGGAAAUAUGAUGAGAAAUUCUCUUCGUUCAUGUAGAUGUCUUUCUUAAAAAGGUGGAGCGGUGCACAUGAUUGUAGUUGAGUAUUGUAAUCAAUGUAUGCAGAUAAUGUUUUAUAAUACUUGUACUUGUCAAUUGUAUCUCUUUGUCCAGGUUGGAAAUGUUCGUGAAGACUGGCCAAAGAUAACUUGCCCUAACCAUAUGCUCUGAGCUCACGUAGAAGACCUUACAAGCUUUGCAUUUUGUGCUUGUUACAUUCUGUAUAACUUGGAUGUAUUGAAACUAUAGAUGCUAAAUUAUGAUGCAAGUCAUCAUGUGUAAUCAGUGAAUUGUAUACAUUGUAACCAUGUACUUUGAUCAUCAGAUUUUAUAAUAUAAAUGUGCAGAUUCCUUUUA